GGGGGGUCAAGUUUUUCACACAGAGUGUAGUGCGUGUGCGGAACGAGCUGACAGAGCAAGUGCUGGAGUUGGGUAUAAUUAUUACAUUUAAGGGGCAUCUGGAUGGGUACAUAAAUAGGAAGAGUUUAGAGGGAUGUUUGUCUGUCUUAAAUUCCAUCCAGUCUUAUGGUCACGCAUUGUGACGGUCAGCUCCUUGUUCCAAAAAUACCAAGAGAUCAGAGCGAGUUCUCUCUGCGUUCCUCGGUGUUCUAACCUGGAUUCUCCUUCAACAUUUUAAGUUUAAUAUUCCUCACCGCGAAAACUUCGACAGGUCAAAAACAGAUUCAAACAACGAUUUUGUGAGUACUUUAGUGACAAUCAACACGCGCGAAAUCAUUGAACUGAAGAGAGAUCGCCAGCGCAGUAAGAUUGAAACUGAAAGCAGUUUGAAUCCGGAAGUGCUGAGUGCGAGAAUGGCUUCCAUACAGCAGCUCCAGAGCUUGGCCGAGGAGACAAUUUGUCCCAUUUGCCUGGAUUUCUUCACCGAUCCAGUUACACUGGAUUGUGGUCAUAAUUUUUGCUGCUGUUGUAUAUUUUCCUGCUGGGAAAAGAACCAGGUAAACUCCUGCCCGGAAUGCAGGGGCGUGUUUACGGAAAGAAGUCUCGGCAUAAACUGGGCCUUAGCGAAACUGGCCGAGGGGGCUCGAAAAUUAAAACUAGAUUCGAAAGAGAAAGUAAUAUGUGUCAAACAUCAGGAAGAUCUAAAGCUGUUUUGUGAAAAUGAUAAGAAAUUGAUCUGUCUUAUUUGUCGAGAUUCGCGGGAACACAGAGAGCACCGCUUCCGACCGAUCAAUGAAGCUGUUGAAAUCUAUAAGGAUCAGCUGAAAUCCUCCAUACAUUCUCUCACAGAGAAGAAAUCGGCGGUUUUAGAGGCAGAACAGAAACAGAACCGGAAGAUUUCUGGAGUGAGGGAACAGGCGAGCAGUCUGCAGACCCGCAUCACAUCCGAGUUCGCUAAAAUGCACCAGAUUCUCACUGAGAAAGAGCAGCGUUUACUCCGAGAUCUCAGGGAAGAAGAGGAGAGGGUUAUGGAACCAAUGGAGAAAAACCGUCAAGAGAUUCAGGAAAAUUUAAAUUCUAUUGAGGAAAAUCUCUCAAUACUGCAGAAACAGAUGGAGCAAAAAGACGAUCUGAUAUUUCUGCAGAAAGCUUGCCAGGAGAUAAGGAUUAACAACGAUCAUCAGGAUCUAUCAAUAGCAGAAUUCAUCCUGUCUAUUGGACAGUUCACUGGCCCGUUACAGUACACAGUCUGGAGAGAAAUGAUACACACCAUUCACCCAGCUCCAGCCUCUCUGACUCUGGAUCCAAUCACAGCGAAUCCCUGGCUCAUCCUGUCUGAGGACCGGACCAGUGUGAGACUCGGAGACAAACGGCAGACGCUCCCUGACUCCCCGGAGAGAUUUGAUCCCUGGCCCUGUGUCCUGGGAUCAGAGGGAUUCACAUCAGGGAGACAUUACUGGGAAGUGGAGGUGGGGGAGAAUAGUCGAUGGGGUCUGGGAGUGGCCCGAGAGUCUGUGAAGAGGAAAGGGGGAAUCAAUCCGGAACUGGAGACCGGAUUCUGUGCUGUAUGGCUGAUUUCCGUAAAUUAUUAUUUGGCCACCACCUCCCCCUCAUGGACCUCCCUCUUCCUGAAUGUGACUCCCCGGAAGAUCGGUAUUUUCCUGGAUUAUGAGGGUGGACAGGUGUCAUUUUACAAUGCCGACAACAUGUCCCAUCUCCACACUUUCACCUACACUUUCACUGAGAAGCUCUUUCCCUUCUUCUGUCCAGGAUGGAAUAUCGGCGGGAAAAACUCCGCCACUCUAACCACCUGCAAGAUUAAAGGGCACUGACAGAUCCAUCCUAUAAUUUCACCUGGACCUCUGCCUCCUGCCAACUGUAAAAUGAUGGAGGUCGGUCUCAUUCACAGGUAGAGAGAGAAGCCAGGUUAACGUUCUGCAAAUAAACCUUAUAUCAGAACUGGGAGAGCUGAAAGUUCAGAAAGGAGCUGACAGAAAGAAGAAGGGGGAGACAAGCAACGAAUAGAAGCUCAAUUGUAGAGAGGGACAUUCUGGGUGGACUGAGCUGUGAACUGCAGGAAUCUGCGGACCUUCCUGCCUGUAAUGUUAGUCCACAGGUGGAAGGUGGCGCUACAUGAUGGUGGAGAGGAAUCAGUCAGUGGUUCGCAGACUGGGAUCAGUGGAGUCACUCCAGGGGGAUACUAAAUCAUUUUACUGCAGGGUCAGUGGUGUCUGGAAUAACUCCAUGGAGGGUGGUAUCCUGUCACCAAAUCACCCUUUAUUUACACGUGCAUAGUACUUGACACUGGUGCAGCCACCUCAAGUGAGCAAAGCCCCUUACACUCGUGUUUGCAUCUGUCAGCCAGAGCUACCUGAUUGGACCAGGUUAACGGCGCCAAUCAGGGAACUCAUAUUCUCUGAGUUGCACCCGGCUGACCUCCGUCCAAUCACUACAGUGUCUUUUCAGAGAGUCACUAAAUCAUUUCACUGCAGGGUAGGUGGAGUCUUCCCAAGCAGCCACCAAAUCAUUUCACUGCAGGGUUCGUUGGAGUCUUUCCAAGUCAACACUAAAUUAUUUUACUACAGGCUGUUGUCUGUCCUCCUGGGUGUUUCUAUCUUUUCUUUAGCUGAAACUCAUCUGUUGUUGGUUUAUUUCUUGUCGUCACGAUGAAUUUGUCAGUUUAACUCACUUCAAGUCUCACACUGCUUUAAUAACGUAGCAAUUUUGCAUGAUCAAAUUCAAUUUGAUAAUGUAAUAUAAAAUUGGGAGGGAAGGAAAUUCACAUCAUUAUGGCAGAUUUUAAUUUACAUUGAAACAGGAACCUAUCUUGACAUUAUUUGAAACAUCACUUGGGGUUAGGUUGCUCAAAAGACAUUACCUGGCAAUCUGUCCCAGUGAAUAUGAUUUGUGAACUGAUUGGGUGUGUAUGUCAUUAACAGAUAACGUUUAACCAUGCACAAACAGUUCAGUUAUUAUACAUCAGAAUGUUAGCAAAGUCAAAGUUAUGAUUUAAUUUUGUUUAUUACUUUGUCUAUCGCUGUCUACAUCAGUAACAUUGUCCUUAAAAUCACAAUAUGUUACCUGUUUUUUAAAUUAUUAAAACAUGCAGUACAAGAAAAUUUUGUAAUUAUAAUUAUUAUGAAGCAUUCUAAUUUAUUUGGAGGCUGAAGUUGCUGCAUGUUCAUUAAUCAAUUUGAAAUGGGAUUGUUCAACAAAAUUAGUCAGAGAACCAGGGCAAUUGAGGCCAUGUUCAUCAAGACGUAAUUGAUAUUUAAUUAAAUCCAAGAAUCGUAAAUUCAA